AUGCUGCGCCGCCUCCGCCGCGGCCGCUCCCCGGCCCCGCUCUCCCUGUCCCCCCUCUCGGCCUCGCUGCUCUCCCUGUACCGCUCCAAGCUGCUCCCGGCCGAGGAGCUGCUGGCGCGGGCGGGGCUGCGCUGGCCCCCGCUGGGCGCCGCCGAUUUCCAGGCCAAGCCCAUGGUGCUGCUGCUGGGCCCGAGCUGCAGCGGGAAGAGCUCCCUGCUGCGGUACCUGCUGGAGGAGCCGGUGCCCGGCGCCAGCCUGGGCCCCGAGCCCAGCCCCGAUGGCUUUGUGGCCGUGAUGCACGGGCGGGAACCGGGGCUGAUCCCGGGAAACGCCCUGGUGCUGGAUGGCAGCAAACCCUUCCGGCAGCUGGAGGCCUUCGGGAGCGGCUUCCUCAACCGGUUCGUUUGUGCCACCCUGAACAAUCCGGUGCUGGAGAGCAUCACCCUGAUCGACACCCCCGGGAUCCUGGCGGGGCCCAAGCACAGGGUCUGCAGGGGCUACGACUUCCCGGCCGUGCUGCGCUGGUUCGCCGAGCGCUCGGCCCUGGUGAUCCUGCUCUUCGAGGCGCACAAGCUGGAGGUGUCGGGCGAGCUGGCGGCGGCGCUGGCGGCGCUGCGCGGCCACGAGGAGAAGCUGCGCGUGGUGCUCAACAAGGCCGACGCCGUGGGCGCGCAGCAGCUGCUCCGGGUGUACGGGGCGCUGCUCUGGGGGCUGGGCCGCGCCCUGGAGGCGCCCGAGGUGCCGCGGGUGUUCGUGGGCUCCUUCUGGGACCGGCCCCUGCUGCAGGACGGCCACCGGCGCCUCUUCGAGGCCGAGGAGCAGGCGCUGUUCGGGGAGAUCCGCGAGCUGCCGCGCCACGCCGCGCGCCGCAAGCUCAACGAGCUGGUCAAGCGGGCCAGGAUGGUGCAGAUCCAGGCGCUGUUGCUGCGGCGGCUGCGGGAGGAGCUGGGGGCGCUGCCCGGGGCGCUGCCCGGGGCCCGCAGGAAGCGCCUGGAGCAGCGGCUGCCGGCGCUGCUGGCGCGGAUCCAGAGCGAGCAGCGCGUCCCGCCCGGGGAGCUGCCGGAGCCCGGCGCCAUCCAG